AUGCUGGAUAUGAAGAUAAAAGACGUGAACAAGGUCUACCCCGCUGAUUCCAUCGAGUUCUGCCCAAACGAUGAUGCCCGUGACAUUUUCGUAUGCGGGACUUACAAGUUAGAACAGCCUGAGCCAGAUCCAUCCGCAAUAUUAAAGUCUACAGAAGAAGUACUAGAGUCUAACGAUGUGGAACAAGUAAAGCGUAAACAGAUCAGACGCGGAAAAUGUCUAGUAUUUGAAGUGAUUUCGCGCGAUGGCAAGGAGUUCCAACAAAUUCAAGAAUUUUCACUUCCAGCUGUGCUCGAUAUGAAGUGGUGUCAUAGACCUGCGGGAGCUAGCCCACUUCUUGGUAUCGCAGAUGCAGAAGGGAAUAUCACACUGCAUGAAUGGCGAGCCGACGAGCGAAGACUCUCGCAGACCGUUCGCAUACCAUGCGUACCAGACGCGGAAGACGUUCUGUGCCUCUCACUUGAUUGGUCGAACCGCCGUUAUGCUACAACCAGCGAUAUCAGCUCGUUAGUCGUAUCCCUAUCCAAUGGCUCUCUCUGCAUCUUACGCCCUGCCGAGUCUACAAUGGCCAUGAGCGACUCAUGGCAUGCACAUGACUACGAGCCUUGGAUCGCAGCAUGGGAUUAUUGGAAUACCAACGCUUCUACUCAUUUUAUUGGACUUGUAGGUGGAGACGAUUUGAAAAUGAAAGGAUGGGACGUGCGGCAGGGCUUUGAUAGGCCCACGUUUGUCAAUAAACGUUUCGACGCCGGAAUUACGACUAUCCAGUCCCAUCCACACGUUGAGCACCUCGUAGCUGUAGGCAGCUACGAUAACACGGUACGCCUGUUCGACGUCCGUAAGCCACUCGUGCCGGUUGUAGAAGCGGAUGUGGGCGGUGGUGCUUGGCGCGUGAAGUGGCACCCAUCUCCAAGGCGGAAGGAUGAUUUGUUAGUGGCAUGUAUGCAUGACGGGUUCAAGAUCGUUCGAUUUAGCAUGGACCUUGUAGGCAUUGUGAAAGAAGAAGAAUUUGUAAAAGGAGGAGAAGGAUGGGAGGUAGUGAAGAGGUUUGAUGAGCAUGAGAGUUUGGCGUAUGGUGUGGAUUGGUGUUUUGAUGAUGCUGCAGUUGGACGUGGGAACGAGAGUGGGGAAAGCGAGAGUUUGAUUGCUAGCUGUUCGUUUUACGAUCACGUUUUGCAUCUGUGGAGCGGGUGA